GUUGUUAUGUCUUCGAGUGAUGAUGACGCUCAAGAAGGACAGGUCCCAGAGGGUUUUGAUGAAGAAGAUGCGGAAAAUCCUGAAAAAGAAGAAGGUCUUAAUGAAGAGGAAGUUCCUAAACGUCCUCUGACCAAAGAAAUUAUUGCUGAAUGCAUAUCACUGCCUUAUAGACUUGGAUAUGGUUUUUCACACGCUUAUGUCAAGUUCGAUUGUUCAGACAAAAAUUUGCUGGAUAUUGAACUUCUCCGUAGUUAUAUUCAUUUACGAUUUAUCAUGAUGAGUAAUAAUUUCAUUACGGAUAUAUCACCACUUUCUGAAAUUCCAAAUCUUAUGUAUUUAAAAGCUGAUAAUAAUCAAAUCACAUCAGCUGAACCAUUGAAAUCGUUACGUUAUAUCGAAUAUUUGGAUCUUUCAAGCAAUAAAAUUACAACGAUUAAUAAUCUUUCUUUUCUGCACUUAAAACAUCUCAAAGUGAACGAUAACGCAAUUGCUACAUUAAAAUCAGAGAAUGACACAAAUCUAAGUUCUGAACAAUUUCCAGCCUUGCAUACACUUGAACUGCGCGGAAAUCGUUUAGUUACCUUAAGCGGAAUUGAUGAUAUGAUAAAUUUAAAGACAUUAUAUUGUGCAGAGAAUAUGUUACGUAGACUAGAAGGUAUUUCUGGCUUGAAAUCAUUGGUACGCUUACAUUUACGUGAUAAUCGUAUAACAACGCUUAGCGGUUUCACAGAGUCGUUAACUUCAUUGGAAUAUAUCAACUUAAGAGGUAAUCAAAUCUUUAAAUUUUCGGAAGUUAGACACUUAGGCUGUUUACCAUCAUUGAAAUUUCUUUCACUAAUCGAUAAUCCAGUUACAGAAAAAGAUGAUUAUCGUCAAAUGGUAAUUGGAUUGGUAAAUAAAUUACAACGAUUGGAUAAACAACGUGUUUCAGACAAAAUUCGUAGUGUGGCUGUUGAUUUUGUAAAUAAACAUGCUGAUAUUUUCGAACAAGAAGCUAAUGAACCUGAUAUUAUUGAAGAGCAAAAUGCUGAAGGUAUGGAAGAAGGCAAAGAGAAAGCAGAAGAGGCGGAUGAAGAAGAAGAAGAGGAAGGUGGAGAAGGUGAAGGUGAAAAAGAUGAAGGAGAAGAAGAUGCAGAACCAGAAGAUGAUGAUGAUGAUGAGGGUGACGAUGAUGAUGACGCCGAGGAAGAGGAAGAAGAAGAAGAAGAAUAAAGGAAAGAACCAAGAUGGGGAAGAAAUGGUGACAUUGAAGAAGAAAUUAAACUGAUUACACAUUUCAUCUUGGAAACGUGUAGGCACUAUCGUCCCUUUCCCCCUCUCUUUCUAAGCUGUCAGUAGUCUUUCUUCUAUAUUUCCCUUCUA